AUGGUUAAGCCAGAAUUUAUAGUGGGUGUUAUAGGCAAUAUUAUCACUAUUUUACUUUGUGCUUCUCCAGCGUUAACAUUGUGGAAGGUGGUGAAGAAGAAGAUAUCAGCAGAGGGUUACGAUGCAGUCCCCCAUAUGUGCCAAUUGGUGUGCAGAAGCCUAUGGGUUUUGUAUGGUAUUCUUGUCCCAGUUGAUGCAGGUUUACUUAUUAUCACAGUAAAUUCUGUUGGUGUGCUCUCCCAAAUUAUUUAUCUCAUAAUUUACCUCGUUUAUGCUCCCAUCCAUAAAAAGGUGAAAUCGUUGAUGUUGGUGGGGUUAAUGAACAUAUGUUUUCCAGGAUUGGCCAUUGCUUUAUCUGUCUUUGUUUUCCACGAAAAACACUUUUAUAAGAUAUAUGAGACGGGUCAGGUUAAUUAA